AUGGACUGUUCUGAAUCAAGCCAACCCCCCUCAUCUGGUGACGAUGAUACUUCAAAUCGUGAGCCUAGAGUUUCAUCACGAGCUGUUUCAGACCAUGGUAAAAAGGGUAACAAAUUUGCAAGUCCUAGCAGCCCGAAGCUGGAACAUGUGAACGUUGAGAACCUCCUGUAUGAGAGAUUGAACAAACUUGAUUCUCUAGGGGAAAUAACGGCAUUGGAAGCACUUGCGAUUUUUAACCGACUAAUCCAGAAUCUGUUAAGGCUGACUUCUGAGCUAGAAUCGAAUGAUCAGCUCAAUUUAAAUGAUUUGUUGUUCAAGAAGGACUCUUCCUUGUCUGACCAGGCAUCUACACCAAUUUUGAUACAACGCAAACGAGCGCGUUCGUUGCAGAAUACAAAUCGCGAAGAUGGAGGAUCUACCGAAGGACAAAACAAUGACCUUGACGUUCCACUUCGGAAGCACUCGAGACUUGAUUUCAAUUUCAGCGACAACGAGAUUCGGCCUAAUAUUCCUCACUCAGAGCAAGGCACGAGCGGGGCCCCAAGUGGGAGUGCGCGUAGCUAUUCUCAGGACUGUAUCCAUUUUCGGCUCUAUAGAUCGGAUUUCCAGGUGGAACAAUCAUUGAGCAAGAAAUUCUACUUAUUGCAAGCGCCAUCACUUCCCAUUACAACCUACUUGGAACGAAUACACCAUUACUCCAAUCUAUCGACAGCUACGUUGUUAACUGCUGCAUAUUAUUUAUUUCACAUGACUUUCAACUUGCGUCCCUCACUUGGCUCAUCUUUACUGCCACUUCUACCUCCACAGGACUCCGAUGGAACUAACCAUAAAGUUGAGAUGUUGCCAGUUGGUGAAUUGAAUGUAUUUCGAUUGAUUCUAACCACUUUGAGAAUUGCGCUAAAACUGAUCGAGGACAAAAACCACAAACAAGCAUAUUUUUGUAAGGUCACUGGGAUUCGAGGAGUUGAGGAACUUUUCAAACUCGAGCUGACUUUGCUGUACCUUUUAGAUUUCAAUCUUUUUAUCAAUGAGCCUGGCAUGAUAAGAUUCCUUUUCCAAUUCAGGCAGUUUGAUUCCAAUUUAAGAAACAAUGUUAAAUGA